AUGCUAACAUCAAUUGCUCUCUUAGCAAUAUUCCUACACCCGGUGACAGCCGCCUCGCCUCCUACCUACUUCAACCUCACCUCGACAAACGACUUCUGCACCGGUCGUGGUCACCCUAGUGCUAUUCUCGAUACCAUCUCUGGAGCAGAUCGUGAGGUGAUGAAGCUCAUGUGCGAGUACUGGCCCGAAGACAAAUGGGGUGUUAUUGAGGACUCCGAUUUGAACGAGGUCGCGGCUUUGGCCGAGAACGGCGAGCUCGCGAAAAUCCGAGAGAAAUCAGUGCAGUGGACGAAGGCUGUGCGGUCGAGCUCGAAGUUCUGUUGGCGAAAACUGAUGAAAAAAAGGGAAAAUAGAAAAGCCAUGUGCGUUGGUCCCGGCCUUAGUGGUAAUUCCCCCGGUCUCGGGUGGAAAUGCAAAAGAAACUGUCGAGACUUCUGUCGAGACGAGUUUCAAAAUCAUCUAGGGAAGACCAGUCGUCUGUUCUGGUGUAAAUGCCCUGUGAACGGCAGUUUUGGUCGAAUCGUCGAUCCCCCUUGUUCCGAAGGAGAGUCCCUUAUAAUGG